AUGGUACAGAAUCUUCUGCCAGGGCCUCAGAUCAGUUCGACUAUGAACCCAAACUCGGAUCGAGCAGUCACACAAACCAUAGUUAUAUCUCUCCGCAGACGCGCAACCGAACCGAAAGAUUAUAUAUUCGGCUUAUACUCCAUACUCCAACGACUAGGUGCCGACCUCCCUCCUCCGGACUAUGAACGAAACAUCGAUCAGAUAUUCACCGAAGCUGCAAGACUAGCCAUUGAGAAAGAUAACAGUCUUUGGAUUCUGGAUUUUGUUGGUAGUAUUGAAGAGAAGCAGCACUGGCCAUCAUUGGUGCCAACUUGGAUCAACAUGAUGGUUCCAGGCCCCGUAGAAGUGAAUGCAUUCAAGCCUGGUGCCGCCGGGAACUCUCGACCACGAUACAAAUUUUCAGAAGAUAGCAGACGCCUCACCCUGCGCGGCAAGACUGUGGAUAGAGUCAUGAUAAAGACAGAAAGGUCGCCAUGGUUUGGUGUCCCGUACCAGUUGGAUUGGGAGGACAUGCUUAUACCCGGUCUUCAGGAGAGAGAAAACUCGAUCAAAGCAUUUCAUGAGUGGAUAAUUUGUUUCCACACUUUCAAAAUGAUGGCACGAAACACCCCAGCGAACAGAUACGGGGACGACUCUCAGCAUAUCAUCGCCUUCAUCCGUGUAUUACUGCAAGACCUUACAGUAGUGCCUGAUAGCUUGAGGAAUUUUCAUGAACUGAUGCGCGGGUUCAGCAAUUGGCAACUUUAUCUCAGUGCCACGAAUCCUGGUUCGAGCAUGCCGAUGCCUCAACUCAUGGCUAGGCUCGAGCCACCGUCGUACGACCCAUCCUCGCUACCCGAAUGGCUUAGUGAUCUCACCAAGACAAACGAGUGGAAUAUAUAUGAAGCUAUCCAGCAGGAUCCUUCAGCGGCACUGUUUCAUAAUCACGUCGCUCUUGGUACUCGCGCCAAGCUGUUUUUCGUAACAGAAAACGGAUAUUACGGUACCGCUUCAGCGACUAUCGAAUGCAACGACUACGUAGUCCUCGUCUCCGGUCUCCAGGUACCGCUGAUAGUGAGACCCAUCGAAGGGGAAGCGGGUCAUUACAAGCUUCUGGGGCCAGCUUUCGUGAAUGGUAUGAUGAGUGGCGAGCUUUGGCCAGAAGCAGACGAGGAUUUGAUGGAUCUCACGAUAGUAUAA